CUCUCCGUGAGCGAUGUGCGAAGGUGUCGUUGUCCGAGCUUGCAUCUGGUUCGCUUCAAGAGGAGAUGGCGCGUCUCCAGACGGCGUUAACCACGUUCCGAGCCAAGAAUGGGUUUGGUCGAAGUAUUGCCGCACCACAGAUUGGGACCCAGAAGCGAUUCGUCGCAAUCCACGUGGAAAGCAAGCACACAACGCCGCAAGUGUAUUUCAAUCCUGAAAUGACAUGGCGCAGUCCCGACCAGUUUACCAUGUGGGAGGACUGCAGAUGCUUUCCAGACUUGCUCGUGCGGGUAUCGCGACAUGUUAUAUCCCUCCGUUACCUGGACAGUCAAGGCGAUGUCGUCGAGGUGCACGAGUUGCCCGAGGCAGAAUCCGAGCUUUUCCAGCACGAACUAGACCAUCUCGACGGCGUGUUAGCCGUUCACCACGUGAGCAAAGAACCCCUGAGUGCCGAGGAGCUUCUCGAGCGGUAUCCCACGCAAGUCAUCCUUCGCACCGCGUUUGAAAGCGGAGCCAGAGAAGUACAAGAAGGCUGUGGACUAUGUAAUUUGAAAUCGAGUCAUGGAACGACAAGUCGUGCCCGCUCGUUCCAAUACGUGUACAUUCACGGCACGACAGCGAUCGAGCUGUCCUUCGAACGACACCACAGCGAAGGAGAUGGCAAAACGAGUCCACCUGACAUGAUUUUGAGAGAUGAUGGAGCAUCUCGACAUGGCCAUGCGUGGUUGUGCGGCGGGGCGAGCCAUGCCUGUACCACGACAGUGACGGUGCGUGGCAUGCAUCACAAUGCCAAAGCCCAUGCAGCCAGAUGA